AACAAUGAAAGGAACACAAGCCAUUAGUGUGACUCUUCUUAUGUCAUUUCUUGUUCUAGCGACCAGAGGAAAAGAUGUGAGAUAUAGAAGGCAAGAGGAAGACAGUACCCAGAUUCUGACUUAUCAAGGAGUUAAUAAAACCAUUCAGAUGGAAGACGGAGACGUCUAUGAUUGCAUCGAUGUGUAUAAGCAACCGGGUUUAAACCACCCAUUGUUGAAAGACCAUAAAAUCAAGAUGAAACCAAGUUCUAUCCCUGUUUGGAUGGAUACCGAAACAUUUCCUUCGGAUUCUUUUUCACAAGCGGAACCAUCUAUCAUCGAGUGCCCAACAGGAACAGUUCCAAUACUGCGUAGUAACGGAAGUAGCACCAUAGCAACACACAAUAUUGAUGGGCUAAAAAACGAUAUGCAAUGGGAGAGGGCAGGACUCACAUACAUGGGUGAUUUAUAUGGGGCGCGUGCUUCAUUAAAUGUUUGGGAGCCAAAGGUUAAAGGUAGCCAGGAUUCUAGUGCAAUUUGGAUAAGUAUUGAAAAUAGAAGAGGACAACGGCCUGAUCGGCUGAGCGCCGGUCUUCGGGUAGCUCCAGCAUUGAGUGGUGAUGCUUUUGUUAGACUUCAUGUUGCUUGGUUCGAUGGCUAUUCAAAGAAGGGCUGCAUUGACCACAGCUGUCCUGGAUAUGUGCAAGUCCACCCACACAUUGGUCCUGGAUCAAGAAUACAACCAUCCUCUGUCUAUGGUGGAGACCAGAGAGUAGCAGGCAUUCAAAUAUUCAAGGAGCCGAAAUCAAACUAUUGGUGGGUGAGUUACAAUAACAUAGCAAUUGGAUAUUGGCCGGGUGGGCUGUUCGAAUUCAUUAGAUACAAGGGCGAUUUGGCGUUCUGGGGCGGGCAGGUUGAGGGGCCGACAGCGUCAUCAAAGUCUACGCAGAUGGGCAGCGGGCGUUUUGCUUCGGAAGGAUUUGGAAAAGCAGCGUUCAUAAGAAAGAUCGAGAUUGCAGACGACACGGUCAAGUUUGCGACCCCUGAUAGAUACCUAGUGGGUCAAGGGUCGAGCGAUCCGUCCAAAUACACUACGGGUGGAUUUGAAAUUAGCAAGGAUUUCGGGAUGACUAUCUUCUAUGGUGGACCAGGUUCCAUGAGGGCCUGAUCUGAUGAUAGUAAUAUGUAUGGACGCACUAGACAAAGCUAAUAAAACAGUCACUAUAGGAUCGAAUGAGUUGUUUCUAAAUACAAGUCUUUUUAGAGAUUUCAA